AUGCCUGCAUGUCCCUGUCCUGGCUGUGGCAUGGCGGGCCAAAGGCUCCUCUUCUUCACUGCGCUUGUCCUAGAGCUCCUCGGAGGGGCUGGGGGUUCCCAGCCGGCCCUCCGGAGCCGGGGGCCUGCAGCUGCCUGUCGCCUGGACAACAAGGAAAGCGAAUCCUGGGGGGCCCUGCUGAGCGGAGAGAGGCUGGACACCUGGAUCUGCUCCCUCCUGGGCUCACUCAUGGUGGGGCUCAGCGGAGUCUUCCCACUGCUCGUGAUCCCCCUGGAGAUGGGGACCAUGCUGCGCUCAGAAGCUGGGGCCCGCCGCCUGAAGCAGCUGCUCAGCUUUGCCUUGGGGGGACUUUUGGGCAAUGUGUUUCUCCACCUGCUGCCCGAGGCGUGGGCCUACACAUGCAGUGCCAGCCCUGGUGGUGAGGGGCAGAGCCUGCAGCAGCAACAGCAGCUGGGACUGUGGGUCAUUGCUGGCUUCCUCACCUUUCUGGCGUUGGAGAAGAUGUUGCCGGACAGCAAGGAGAAGGAGGGGACCAGCCAGGUCAGUGGCUAUCUCAACCUGCUGGCCAACACCAUAGACAACUUCACUCACGGGCUGGCUGUAGCUGCCAGCUUCCUUGUGAGCAAGAAGAUUGGGCUCCUGACCACCAUGGCCAUCCUUCUGCACGAGAUCCCCCACGAGGUGGGCGACUUUGCCAUCCUGCUCCGGGCCGGCUUUGACCGAUGGAGCGCAGCCAAGCUGCAACUCUCGACGGCGCUGGGGGGCCUGCUGGGCGCCUGCUUUGCCAUCUGUACGCAGUCCCCCAAGGGAGUAGAGGAGACCGUGGCCUGGAUCCUGCCCUUCACCUCUGGCGGCUUUCUCUACAUCGCCCUGGUGAACGUGCUGCCCGACCUCCUGGAGGAAGAUGACCCAUGGCGCUCCCUGCAGCAAGUCCUGCUGCUCUGCACAGGCAUCGUGGUGAUGGUGCUCUUCUCGCUCUUCACGGGGUGA